CAGUUGAAAAUAUAUCGUCGAAGUGAUAACCCGCACUGUAGUUCCUAUGUCGGUCGGUCGGUCGCGAGUGAAAUAAAUUUCAAUAGCCAGAGUCGAACCAAAUUUUUCUGGCGCUCAUCCGAAAGAGGUUGUUGCGAAACCCGUAUCGUGCUAUCCGUAGUGGCUUAAAAGCAACAACUUGAAACAGUGCAAGUGACCAAAGCCCCAGAUCGCUAAUUAGGUGGUCCUAAGAUAGUGAUCAUCCAUCCAUGCGUGCCAGUAACAAACACGACAUCGUGACCAGCGCAGCGCAGUAUCCCGUCAUCACCGUGAAUUGAUCCUUCUGGGCCGUCUGCUACCAGACGGAAGAAAAUCCUUCAACGAGCAAAGGGUAAGCCCCAUCAUUUGGUGGUCCUUCGAGCCGGACAGCAAGGUCCGGAAUCGAGCGACAAGGAGGACGCUUUCGGGUCGACCAACAUGUACCAGGCAAUUCAACCGUCCCAGCACCAGAUCAUAACCGCAAAGUCUCCUCUAUUGGCGCCAGUGUGUGUCAAAUACGGGGGUGAAGCAAGGAAUGCCCAGCGAGUGCUAAUUCGACCCUUGGGAAACAAUCAGGCCCAGAUCGUGGCCCGCAUAAAAACCCAACCCGAUGGCACCACUCAAGUCAUACCAUUAGUAAAUCCUCAUCGUGCUCCAAUUGAGCCCCAACCUAUUCAACAAGGGGAUCAAGCUGCUUCGACUCAGCAAGGAACCACUCAGAGAGUUCUACAUCAACCCGUUUCUGCCACCUCCGUCCACGACACGUUAACCACUCCUGGAGGAUCUCAAAAAAUAUUCCACCAGCAGCAGCCUUCAGAUGCGGCCAUUAGGAGCAUCACCCCCAAACGAAUUUGUAUCCAGAAAGGUCCGGGAUCGAACGGCAAGUAGGACGUUUUCGAGCCGACCAACACCUACCAGGCAAGUCAACCGUCCCAGCCCCAGAUCAUAGCUGCACAGCCUCCACUAGUAGUGCCAGUACAAAUCCAACACGGAAGUGAAGCAACGAAUGCCGCGAUAAUUGCUGAUGGCAACCUGAUGAGCCAUGUCCAGUAGGGUGCCAAUGGAACGUAUGGGAAAAAAUUGACCAUCUAAUUUCAAAAACGGGUAGUGCUCAAAAGUUUCGUCUCCUCAAGAAAAGUCU